AUGGAUGUUUCUGAGGACGAAAGUGUUGGUUGUUAUAAGGUCGAACCACCACAAGUGCAAGAAGGAUCUUCAGAUAAUCUUCCUGACAAUGCCUCUUUGAAUGAGCUGUUCAGCCAUUUUUAUCAACCUGAAGGAAAUGAAGUUGGGUCCAAUUCAACUCUAGAUGAAGGACUUGAUUUCAGUUAUGGUGCUGAUCAAAUCUUUGAACAAGCUGCUGAUGAUCUCAAUGAAAAUGAUGAAAUUGCUCCUGCUAGAGGAAAUGCUGAAAAUCCCAACAGUGAUGGUAGUGAAGCAGCAGGAGGAGGUAAUAGGAGAAGAAGGGCUGCUACAGUUGAAGAAGAAACACUGAUGGAUAAGAGGCAACGUCGAAUGAUUAGGAACAGAGCAUCUGCUCAACGAUCCAGGGCUCGAAAACAGGCAUAUACAGCUGAAUUGGAGGCACAGCUUGAUCAAGUGAGAGAUGAGAAUGAGAGGCUCAAGUUACUUCUGGAGGAGAAAAAGGAAGAACCAACAGAACCAACAAAAGCUCAAUGGACGAUGGCUAACAAACUGAAGAAACUUAGGAAGAGUGUUUCAUGGUGA